ACUAUAACACUGUUUCUCUUUCAAUGAAGCCUCACUCAUUGAAGAAUUGGAGCAUAUCCUUAAUGAUGAAUGUUUUCAGCCUGAAGAGGUGUCUUUGGCCACAGCCUGGCAGAAGCGGAAAUCCCUUAGCCAUGAAAAAUGGCACAUUGCAAGGGAGUCCUUGAUUAUGAAUCUUUUGGAGGCUGAAUAUGUUCAGGAAUGCAUCUGCCAACACUGUCUAACUGCUGAGGCCAUUGUACGGUGCAGGGACUGUCUACCUAGGCAGUAUCUAUGCACCCUGUGUGAUGGAGAUGUCCAUCAGCACCUACCUCUUCAUAACAGGGAGUCUAUGGUCCAUGGGUUCUUUAAGCCAUUGUGUCCAACCACUGCAGUGAAGAGACAUUCUGAAACAUUUGAGUUCUCUGAACAGGUCCGAUACCUUCCACUACAUUUGCCAGAGAAAAUCUGUGCCUGUUCAGAAAGUUCAUGCAGAGUGACCAGUGGCAAACAAAUUAUUCUAAUUAAUUUUAAUGGACGGUACAAUCUCACUCUUCCAUCUCUGGAGUGCUCAUGCUGUGGGAAAACAUGGACAGUGGAACUCAGUAAUCUCCUCAUGUCUGGGUACUGGCCAGCCUCUAUACAUUUUGAUACUGUAUAUGAGGCUGAACUUUUUAGGUCUUUUCUGGACUUAAAACUAUUCGCUCCAGGUCUUUCACGUCAAGCAUUCCUUGGAAUGCUUGACCGAAGAACAGAGUACAAUGGCAGGAAUGGUAAAAUAUGUGGAGACACAUUCCAGAAAGCCUUCUUGGAAUGGACCUUUGCCCAGCAUGAGGUUGAGAGGCUUUGUGGUGCCCAACCAUUUAAAUGUCCCGCUUGCAGUCCAUCCAUGCAUGCAGUCUCAGUGGAUGGUAACAGGAAGCUAUACAGGUUCCAUAAUGCACACGGGACAGAGAAGGGCUACUUCGAUGGCACAUUUAUAAUGAAAGAUGAUGAUGUUUCAUCCUUUGUGGAAUAUGUUCAUGAAAAGACCAAGCAUUCCACAGGUAAAGGGGUUUGUGGCUCCUCUCAAUGGACAGCAGCAAAGGAGUCAGCGAAAAAGUCAGCCUCAAAGAUUGAUGAGGAAGGCCUUGAGGUUGCUGUUUGCCGACAUGGAGGACUUUUAAAAGCCCUAAAUAUGUUUAGAGGGGAAAUAUUUGCUUAUCCCCUGUUCCUUCAAAACACCCUCUCGAAGGAAAAUGUGGCAUUUUUCUGUUCCGAUGUUGCCUGCAAGUACUGGCCAUACUUAAAGAGAGUGGUGGGACACUGUCCGGAGCUAAGCCCUUUAUUAAAUAUGCGCCCACUAUUAUCAGUUAUGCAUGCCAAAGCACAUGAGUGGAGUUGUGAGAUAAAAUGGUCCGGAAGAAAUCAAAAGGGAGCUGGUCUUACUAUCGGAGAAGAGGUGGAGCAGGUCAACUCCUUCUUGUCGAGAGCAGAAGUCUGCACUAAAUAUAUGUCCAAAGCUGCACGUUCAGACAUGCUCACAGUUCUUGCUUCUGCAUGGAACAAACGGAAAUCUGAAAAUCUGGCUAAAAGUUUGUCGCAAAGAUACGUUAAGACAACGCAAAGGCUGAAAGUAGAAAGAGAGAGCUUUGCAAGUCUGCAGGCUGAGCUUAAUGUCAGCGACGAUAACAUUCAGCAGUGGGUCAGUGAUGUCCAGCAGUGGGCUGCAGUAUCAAGAGCGAAGGACGACGCUGGACUUGAGGGCAAAAUUCGAGGCCUUUAUGUCAGCAUAAAGCUGAGAAAAAGCAAUCUGUACCAUCAGACAGAUGGCAACAAAAGAAGGCACAGAAUAAGAAGAAGAAUUAAUGAAGAUAAGUCGACCUUGGCAGCUGCCAUUAAAGAAUUCAAUGAACAGUCAGUCCACCAGCUUCCUUCUGUGGACGAACUCCUCGCAGCGGAUCAUUUCCAAUGGCCAUGGGAAUGCCCUGACACUAAUAAAAGCAACCUCUCAACUAAGAAGAUGGUCUUUGACCGGUUCAUGUUGCUUUCCCGACUGAAGGAAGAGGAGCAGAUCAUCGUGAUAGAGGUCAAGCAACACUGGCAAUCACUGAAGGAAGCUGAAUGUUCCCUGAGGGAUCUCUCUGUUGAAAUACAAAAUAACAACAGUGACUUCGAGUUAUCAGAGGGGAGCUCCAAUGGACUACUGUGCCUUCUCAAGAGAAAAUUGGAAGACCUUCAGUUUCUACAAAAUAAGGCUAGGAUGUUAUACCGACAAUGUGUUCUGGGACAGGCAUCAGACAACAUUCUAUGUGAUAACAUGUUCGAUGAAGAAACUGAGGAUGCAGACUAUAGUUCUGAUGAAACACACAGUGACGAGGACUAAACUUGACAAUGUAGACUACUGAAGAACAAUCAUACAACCUCCAUCCCUAUUAUCUGUUUUCUAUUUUUUUUCUAUUUUUCUUAGCUCUCAUGGGACCAUGCAGUGUGUAGUAGAGGAUAUAAUGGGGGUUGUUUUGCAGUGUGU